AUGAUGCUAGAAAUAUCAAAGUUGGGAUAUUUCAGCACAAAUGGCUCAGGGAUUGUUGUUCUUGAGGCGGAAGAGGUUCUGAAGUUCCAGCGGGAGAGGCUGGAUCAUUUCAUUCAGAAAGUCUGGAGUCAAACUUCCCUUGACAACUGCCAAGGACUUCUGAUGGAUCUUACCGGUGACAGAGGGAAUAAUACGAUGGCAAUGGCUGUAAGGUUCCUGGAGACUUUUGAGCUGUCAACUAGACCGGAGACGUAUGUUGUUGCCAUGGGAUCUCUCUCACAGACAGAGCUUCUCCAAAUACCGAGCCUUCGAAAUUCAGCUCGAUUGUUUUACUUUGUUCUCAACGACCAAAGCCAUUCUGUUUUUCGCACACUUUUCCGAGGAUCUCCGAAACCUGCAGAGAGGGCUGAAGUAUCACUGUAUUCGCGGUGUCUUUACUGUGACAACGGGAACACACAAAUGCUGUUGCUUCACCAGUGGGAUCUUCAUACAGCCGUUCUAGAGAAAAUAAAAAUCUAUCAUGAGAGCAGGCGUAACUACAUGGGCCGUGAGUUCAAGAUCGUGACCCUCCAGUAUUUCCCUUACAUAAACUACACGCACCAGAUGGAGACGAAGAGUCCUCGCCUGCAGCUUCAGGAUUCACUUGACUAUCGUAUACUCACAGAAGUUGCUCAACAAUUCAACAUUACCUACACCCUCCAAGAGCCCCCGGACGGCCAGUGGGGAACGCCCUCGGCUAAUGGCAGUUGGACGGGCAUUGUGCGGACUCUCCAGCGACAAGAGGCCGACUUCUCCCUCGGCCUCACGCCCACCUUUGCCAGGUCUCGCGUGGUCGAGUUCGCGAGGGUUUACAUGAGUGAACCACUGAUCAUUGCCUCGGCUAAGGCACGUCCUCUUCCCAACUACCUAUCACUCAUUAGUCCUUUCUCUGAGACGCUCUGGGCGACGCUCUCCGCCAGCAUCGUUGCUGCUAGCAUGACUCUGUGGCUACUCCAGAAGGCGUGGGCCUGUGGCUCGGGCGGCCCUGGCCUUCGCCUGAGCUCCGCCCUCCUGUACAGUUGGGGCACCAUGAUGGAGGACUCACCCGCCGCCGCGCCGACCAACUCCUCCGGCCGCAUCUUGGUAGUGACGUGGCUCACCUACUGCCUGGUCAUGACGACGGCCUACCGCUCCUCCCUCGUGGCCCACCUCACCGUCCAGGGGAAGACGGCAGAGAUAAAUUCCUUCGAAGAUCUCUUGUCACAUAGCGGGUGGUCCUGGGGCAUGCACUCUAACACAGGGUCGAUGGGAACUUACAUGAAAUCCAAGCCAAAUCCUGUGAUCGAACAGCUGGGAAAGAAAAUGCAGUUUCUUACAGGAGACGAGAAUGUUGCACUUGCAUUAAAAGGAAGGCAUGGAUACAUAUCCUCCAAGUACAGCCUUUUGGCCGAUAUUGCUAGAACAUACACAGAUGAAUUCGGUCAUACCAACCUCCGUAUCAGCAAAACUGAGUACAAUCCUUUUCCUGGAGUGGCUUGGGCAUUCAGAAAAGGCAUUCCCCUAAGGAAGGACGUGAUAAGUCUGACACAAAGACUGAUGGAAGCCGGUUUGGCUGACCGCUGGAUGGAGGAGGUGCUCAAGUCAUCGGGGUCUGGAAAAGUCGCACAGGGAAAGCCGGAACAGAACCGUGAGGUUCUCCGAACGGAGCACCUCUUGAGCGCCUUCAUCCUGCUCUUUUUGGGUCAUACUGUGGCCGUCCUCACCUUCUUUGCUGAGACGGCAUUUAGUCGCUGUCAUAGACCCUAA